AUGGCUAGCAUGGCAUCGGGUCCCACCCACCCCUUCACCUGCAACACCUGCCAGGUCGCUUUCCGUUCUAGCGACCUGCAGCGCACUCACAUGCAAAGCGACUGGCACCGUUACAACCUCAAGAGACGAGUCGCCUCGCUUCCCCCGCUCACCUCUGAAGUCUUCGCCGAAAAAGUCCUCGCCAACAAGGCUUCGGCCGCUGCCACCGCCGCUCGCGCCUCCUUCGAGAAGGUCUGCUCUGCUUGCCAGAAGACCUACUUCAGUGAGAACGCCUAUGCCAACCACCUCGGAAGUCAAAAGCACAGACAGCAAAUUGCUCGCAUGCACAUGAGAGAUGCCGACGACGCCAGCUCCGUCAUGAGCUCUACCUUCUCCUUGGGAGAACCUCUUGAAACUGCUUCCAAUGUCGAGACUGCCUCAGUCGCCUCUGUUGCUACCGAGCGCGACGUCGAUCACAUCACCGAUGGCGUUCAACAAGCCAACAUUGCCGACGACGACAACUCAUCCAGAGCCCCUUCAGCUGCUGCUGAUACCGAUGACAUGGUUGAAGUUCUGCUCAACCAAUGCCUUUUCUGCAACACCAUCUGCCAAGACCUCGAGGAGAACGUCAAGCACAUGGCCAAGCAACAUGGCAUGUUCAUUCCUGAAACAGAGUUCCUGGUUGACUUGGAGGGCCUCCUGAGCUACCUCCACGAGAAGAUUCACGAUGACCACCAAUGCUUGUACUGUGGUCAGCUCAAGCACACUGCCUCCGGUAUUCAGACACACAUGCGCGACAGAGGCCACUGCAUGAUCCCCUACAGCACCGAAGAUGAAAUGCUCGAGAUUGGAGAAUUCUACGACUUUAGAAGCACUUACUCAGACGACGAAGAUGAUGAGAGUACGGACGGUGCAGACGACCAACAGGAAGGAGGUGUCAAGCUUGGUGCCGCUCGUGCCACCAAAGUCACAAUCGAGACCGAAGACGGAGACGGCGACGCAGACAUGGCCGACGAGGAUGACGAAGGAUGGGAGAGUGAUGGCUCUUUGUCAUCGGUCCCAACUGACGAGAUCACUUCUGUGCCCAUCGAUGACCACUCGCACCGCUACAAGACCCUCGAUCGCCACAGACACCAUUCUCACAAGGACCCUCGCCCUCACAGAAACACAGAUGGAUACCAUUCUCACGCUCACUCCACUCCUCAUGCUGUUUAUCACGACGAAUACGAAUUGCACUUGCCCACAGGACGCACUGCCGGUCACCGUUCGCUCGCCAAGUACUAUCGCCAAAACCUCCGCAACUACCCCACUCCCGAGGAGAGGGCAGAACAAAGACUCAUCGAAGGUCGUCACGACUCCGACAACGAAGAGGAGGCCAGAAGAUCAAGACACGACCGUGGUCGUCAAAUCGUCUCUCGCGCAGAAGGCGGCCUUGGCAUGGUUGGUGUCAGUGAGGUCAAGAAGAAGGAGGUGCGCGCUGCUGAGAAGAGAGAGAAGAAGCAUGAACAAAGAGCGCAGGCCAACUACCAAUGGGGCAACGACAAGAGAGGAAACAACCAAAAGCAUUUCCGCGUAAGUCCUUCAGAUCAUGAAACUGCAGACAUCUCGCUAACCCGUUCCAGGACCAUCUUUUGCAAUAGAUGUGUGCGCCUCACGCUGCAACCUCUGGCUGCAGGAUUAUUGUAUCUUUUGGACAGCAUUUGGCUCAAGCAUAUCCCAUGA